ACACUAAACAUGGACGAAAGAGGCAAAAUUAAGGACACUACUGAAGAGGUGAAAUAUAGAGGUGUUAGAAAGAGGCCAUGGGGGAAAUUUGCUGCUGAAAUUCGCGAUACUUCGCGACAAGGAGGGGUUCGUGUUUGGCUCGGGACAUUUACUACUGCAGAAGAAGCAGCUAGGGCUUAUGAUAAAGCUGCUUAUUCUAUGAGGGGAAAUUUGGCAAUUCUUAAUUUUCCUGAGGAGUAUAAUUUGCCUAGUAGUUCUUCUCAUUUCAACACGGGUUCUUCUUCAAUGGUUUCGUCUUCAGUACAGGAAAGAAACGAGCAAGUUCUUGAACUUGAGUAUCUGGAUGAUAAGUUGCUCGAGGAACUUCUUGAUUGUGAUGAACAUGCAAACAAGAGGAAAUGAAGUAUCAUUAAUUACCACCCCUUGUAUCACUAUAUAGCUAAGUAUUUCGCGUAAUGUAUACUAAUAAACGUCAGUUUUACUAAGAUUAGUAAGGUAAGGUUUCCGUUUGAGGUUUUAUUAAUAAAGUCCGCCCAGACAACCUGUCUGUCCGGGUGGUAGCUUAACCAAGAACGGGUUUUUAUUUCAAAAUAAAACGCCACCACCUUUUGCAUGACGAAGGGGACAUAAAAUCUUACCUCCUCAUAGCGGCCUAUUGUAGAGUUGGAGGGGCCAACUCUUUACGAUAUUGGUGGUGCAUGACUGCAUGUCAUGAUAUGGAACUAUAUAUGCACAUAAGAGAAGGAGUCCUUUUAUAUGGCAUAUCUGAUGUAUAUUCCAAAUCAUGUACGUGAAUGUACUUAUAAA